CCGACAAUAACUACACAGACGCGUGCCCGAAAACACCAUAAGUUCUCGAGCCGGUAGAGCGCGCGAACGCGUUUAAAAAAACAACGUUCGAAAUUCGAAUCGUGUUUAUUUGUUUUAAUUUUUAAUCUGUUCAGUGGUUCCAGAUUUGAAUUUCCAAGAUGGAGGGUUGCGGGAUGAAUUGUAUAAAAUAUCUUCUGGUUGUUUUUAACGCAUUGUUUAUGAUCUUGGGCAUCGUGAUAAUAUCUGCAGCAUGCGUGGACCUGGGCAUGAUCAAGGGGUUCGCGGGGAUGGAGACGACGGGCCAUGAGACUGACAUCGUUCUCAUAGUGGUGGGAGUUCUGAUCCUGUUGGUUGCUGCCUUCGGUUGCUUCGGCGCUUGGAAGGAGAGUCCGAAGUUGCUAUACAUUUUCGUCGGCCUCCUCAUCAUAAUAAUUCUGCUAGAGCUGUCUGUCGGUAUCGCCGCUGCUGCUUUACGACCACAAAUUGAAGGCACAAUGAAGACCCAGCUCCGGGCCUCCUUCAUCAAGAACAAGUCCAGCCGGGAAGAGGACUCCACUUACAAGGAGUUCUGGGACACCAUCCAGACCAAUUUGGAAUGCUGUGGCGUAACCGGCCCUGACAACUACAUCGCGUCCGAGCCUCGCCUCAACCCGGCCUACAGCUGCUGCCCGCCAGACAACUCGGACCACAAAGUCGAGGACAAGCGCUCGGACUGCAUCUCCCUCACCAAGUACUACCAGGAGGGCUGUGAGGACAAAGUACUCAGCACAGUCCACAGUGCUGGCAUGACGGUUAUUGUCUGCGGCAUCCUUUUCUGCUUUUUGGAGGUUGCUGGCAUUAUCCUUGCACUAUGGUUGGCUCACGCGAUCAAAUCAGAGGACAAAGGCAGAGAAACCGCUUAAACUGAAAAGAAAAUCGCUUGUAGUAAAUAAAACCGCUUUUUUAUUGUUAAGGAGCACUGUUUUAAGAGAUUUAUUUUUACACAAAAAUGUAAAAUUGAACGGUACCUACCCCCUACCGUGAAAUAUAAUAGAUUUGUAGAUCUAAUAAUAUUUUAUUUAUUUUAGAAUAGAUAUUGUAAACUUAGAGUCUUCUUUUUAUAUUUUAUUGUUAAUAUUAUUAUUAUGAGACUUACUAUUAUUACUUAUUUUACUAUUGUUAUAACAAUUUAUAAUAUACUUAAGUAUUUUUUUAAGUGUAAAAUUACAAGUAAGUUUUAUUAACUUUCAUUAUUUCGUUAUUGUUUAUAGGUUUAAUUAUAUUUAGUCACAGAAUAAAGAAUGAUACAGAAUGAGUUUUUACAAGCAGCGUGAGGCCGUUAAAACUUUUAACAUCCGCAUAUAGAAACUUUUUUCAUAAUUUGUAUUUCAAUAUUUAACAACAUCAACAAUGACGUAAAUUAAUAUCAUAAUAGACUAAUAAUAAUCAAUACCUACAAAAAAUACUUAAACUUAUUUUUGUAGUUUUUGUGUACAGUGCUCAUUAAAAUAAAGUUCUGACCAUCUAGGUAUCAUCUUAGUCCACUUUAUUAACCCUAUAAAGUUUAGUAACCUUUAGUAUCCCUAGGGCCUAACAUGCACCAUACGAUAUUGUAAUCUCGUGAAGAAAAUAGCUGCGCAACCGGAAAUAUCCUUCAUUGUGUGUGGAACUGGGACUACUCCGUCACCAUUGGUCGACAUUUUGUCUAUUUCUCUUCACAAUUAUGUAGUUGAUCGCAUGCUAGGUGUGCAGGUUGAUGAAUAAUUGGUCAUUAAUAAAUACGUUUGCCAUGCCAGAUAUACAGGCGGCCCUUUGAGUUUGUUUAAAAUAUUUAAAACAUAAGACACCAUUUUUCUUAAAUUUUUUUAUUAAUGCGACGCUUUGUGUCGUUAUGACUCGAGAAUGUGUUAGUUUUUAAAUUUGGAUUUAGAAUAGCUGCACUAUACUACCGUGUCUAUCUGCCUAUUAUUCUUUAAUCUGUGUAUUUGGUUUAAGAAAUAAUGGUAUGUAAAUUCUCAGAAUGUCGCACUGAAUUCGUUGUUGGUGCUGAAUAUUUUUGUUCUAUGUAUUAUUUAUUAUUAUAAACUGACAUUUUAUUUUAAGUAUUAAGGCUUAAUUGGAAGGCUUAACAACCACCCCACCUCCUUUUAUAAUAAGACGAGAAUAUUAUUCAUUACUUUUGUAAUAAUCUAAUUUUAUGAUAUAAUAAAAAAUAAACCUAAUGCUGACCCAGGCUUGGUAACUUUGCGAAAACCGCAAAAUAAACCUAUUACCAAGGAUUGCUGUGUAGAGAAACGGAUAAAAAGUUCAUUAUAAAUGAUAACCUUCUGUAAAUUAACGCCUGCUUAUUUAAGUCAGUGUUAAAUCUCUAUUAAUAAAUAUAACAUCAAUGUUGCAUUGGCAUACAAAUCUUGAUAUUAGAUUUUGUGAAUUUUGUAAUAUUAGCGACUUUAAAAUUAAGUUACUUUUUUUACGUGAAGGCCGCUGCAUAUCUGGCGUGACGCAGCAAAUCGCAUUUUUAAUUAUUUCAUUGACAAUGCUCGUUAAAAUAAAGUUCUGACAGUCUAGGUAUCAUCCUAGUCCACUUUAUUUACUGUUAUCCAUAGGGCCUAACAUGCAACUAAACGAUGUAAUCUCGUGAAGAAAAUAGCUGCGCAACCGAAAGACCUGACGAAAGAGAUGGAACUGGGACUACUCAGUCGCCAUUAGUCGACAUUUUGUCUAUUUCUCUUCAUGAUUAUGUAGUUGAUCGCAUGCUAGGUGUACAGAUUGAUAAUAUAUAGUUGUUCAGUAACGAAUACUUUUCGCUGCACCAUGCCAGAUAUACAGGCGGCCCUUUGAGUUUGUUUACUAAGCAUUUACUAGUCAAAUAAGUAACCAAAAUUACGUGUUAUAGAAUUUGUUCUGUAUUAGACUAAGGUUUGUGUAUUAAUGUAUUUCAAGUGUAGGUUACUUUUUAAGAGAAAUGUUUGUUUUAGCAUUUUAUGUGGACGUAAAAAUUAAAAUAAAAAAUAAUAUUCCUUUCUACCACUAAGCAGAGACUGUAUUCAUUUUUUGCAUUGUAUACCAAACUAUAUUUAUAAAACAAUCCAUAAACUAUAUUUGUAUUCACAAAAUGUAUUCAAAAACAUCGGAAAGAUUUAAAAAAAAUCAUACAUUUUCUGAUACAUUUUAUUAUUUUUGGACAAAACAACAUAAUUUAUUUGGUCCGCUAGUAGAAGUAUUUAAGAAUUUCCAUAGCAUUUUACAAUACCACAUAUUCUGUACGAAGUUUUCUAUGAACUAAGUUAGUCUAGUUACCAUUGCAGCUAAUUUGUAAUUUUUUAAACUAAUUAUUUGGGAAUUUAAUGUAAGUGAAACUUCCUUUUGAUUUUAAGAUAUUUUUAUUAGUGUGUAAUACAAAUGUUGAUAAAACUUCUUAAAUAAAAUAUCAGUGUUUAAAAGAAA